AUGAAAAGGAUCGGGACGUCACUCGAUCUAUGGCUGAAAAAUGUUGACGAUCCGGUUGAUGGAAAAAAUUUGAUCGAAUUUCGAUUUCGACGUGUGCCCUUCGGUGUGGUUUCAUCACCGCUCCUAUUGGCGGCAGUGAUCAAGCAUCAUUUGCAAUCAGUGCCAUCAAAUGUAGCAAGGGAGCUGGAACGGAACUUGUAUGUGGAUAAUGCUAUCAUAGAAGCAGAGAUUCCGGAGGAAGCGAAGAGUAAGUAUAAAGAAGUUAAGGAAAUAUUUAAGACAGCGCAAAUGAAUAUGCGCGAAUUUCUUUCAAAUUCGAUUGAAUUCAACAAGUCGAUACCAGAAUCCGACCAGGCGACUGUACCAAGUCAAAGGGGCAACGAUCCCAAGAGCAGAACUGUUAGCUAUAUUAAUCGGAACUCGUGCAAUGCAAUACAUCAACAAGCAGUUGGAUUUGCAAGAUAUUCCGGCAUAUUUGUGGACAGACUCUAUGUGUGUGCUGAAGUGGAUUCGUAA